AUGGGGAAGUUCGUAUCCAACAUUCGAGGCUUUGGCCUCAGCUGGCGCUCGUCGAAAUGGUUCAUUCUUGUGACCAUCGGACUGGCUUUGUUCGCAGGCUCUAUAGAGACCUUCCUGUACGGCUUUCUCGUCCCGAUGCUGCCGUACAUGCUAGGAUCGCGACUCAGCGUACCCCACGAGAAGCUGCAAAAACUCAUGUCCAAUGUCCUUGCUGUCCACGGAAUAGUCUCGGUGAUCGCGGGCCCCGUCAUCGGCCACUUUGCGGAUAAAAUCUCGAGUCGCAAAAUUCCCCUUCAGCUUUCGCUGCUCGCGUGUAUCGUGGGCACCGGCAUGGUGGCUGCUGCCACUUCGAUCCCUGUGUUGUUUGCCGGUCGUGUAAUGCAGGGUCUCGCUGGAGCAUCGGUCUGGAUUGUUGGCUGUGCGACCGUGGCGGACAAUACGGAUCGGAGCCACAUGGGAAAGAUUCAAGGCAUCAUGAUGUCUUUCAUCUCGGCUGGUCUGAUCGGGGGGCCACUGGUUUCGGGUCUAGUUCUGGAAUACUUUGGCUACUGGACUGCAUGGGCUUUACCUGUUGCGCUUCUCGGACUGGACCUCCUGGCACGUUUCAUUAUGGUCGAGAAUGGUCCUCAAAUAGGCAAGCGCGACAAAGAACACAUGCCGAGGUCAGAAAUGUGCGACGAUGUCACGGCGCCUCUCUUGGGCUCGACUGAGGAUACCAAAUCCGGCCCCGUAGCUCAAAACUUUUGGCGGGUGAUUUUGACCGACGAGCGCGCUCUCGCUGCGCUGUUUAUCGGCAUCGCGACCAAAACGAUAGCCACCAGUUUCCAUGCUACGCUACCACUGUUUAUUGAAGAAGAGUUCGGCUGGGGAUCUCGGGAGAGUGGUGGCUUAUUUGCCUGUCUGAUCCUGCCAACCCUUGUGUUCAGUCCCAUCGCGGGAUGGUUACGAGACCGACAUGGGGUUAAAACACCUGCAGCCGUGUCUUCUUUUUUCCAAGUCAUCGUCUUUGGACUAUUGGGCCUUGUCGGAACUAAAGCCUUCUCAUGGACGAGUCCGACAAGCGGGGGUGACAUUUUGUACACCGGCUGCGUGCUUGCGAUUGGUGUUGCCCAGCCGUUCAUGAAUGUGGGCAGUGUUGAAUUGUCUAUCGUUGUCAAAUUAUAUCAAGAAGAGUCGCCUGGGAUUUUUGGGUCGGAUGGAGGCAUGUCUCGUGUUGUCUCUCUGAUCGAGGUCGCUGCCUCGCUUGGGACCGUUCUCGGUCCUGUUAUCGGAGGUUUCAUCAAAGAAACCUUUGGAUACAAUUCCAUGUGUUGGAGUUGGAGUGUUCUCAACGGAGUACUUGCCAUUGUCUCGAUCUGUUUCUUGUCGAGGAAACGAGAUCGACAGCAGACAUGA